AGUGGUGUCCUCUACAGUUGGCACAGCUCUCCAAGCUGCCCAGGGAACGAGAGAGAUCUUAGCUGGACGGUCAUACAAACCAGCAGAAAACAGCAGUGACCAAAGCAUUGAGCUGACCAACUUACUAAAACAAAUGGUGGCAAGCGGAGUGGAUGCCGUGCUGGAGAAGUCAGAGAGAAUGGUGGACCAUUUCCUGCCCAUGACGCAGGAGGAGCUGGAAAAGCUGGCUGUAGAAGUACCAGGUCCAAAUAAGGCUUCCAUGAAGGAUGAGCAGCAAAGUUAUUUCAUCCGCUUGGGCUCCCUCUCCACCAAAGUACGCCAUCGGGCCUACAUGUAUUCCCUCAGCAAACUUCAUCUCCUUAAGGAAAACACUCAAAAUAUGCUUUUUCAGCUCCAAAUGAUAAUUAACCUGGUUGAGAGUGUGAAAGAAGGUGUGGGGCAGCGGUUCCAAGAGGCCCAACAGAAACUCCAUCAGGUCUUGUCAGAGUGGGUCCAGAGCCAGCCAGGAGGGAAGCAGGCCAAAGAAGAUGCACAGAAAGAGGUCGAAUUGCGCACUCUGGCUUUGCUUCAUUUUAUCGCCCAGGGCCUGGGUCCAGCCUACUCUCGGUUGAUGUCGAGCAUUGAAGGCCUCCCCAGCAACAUACGUGAAAAAGUGGGCCAGGCCAUCAGCAACGUCCGCCAGCUCCAAGCUUCUUUCUCCUCUGCCACGUCCUUCCAAGACUUGCCAUCCAACAUCCUAGUCCAGAGCCGUGAGCAAAUCGCUAAGGCCCGCGAGGCUCUGGACGUGCUCGUGGAGUACGUGCUACAGAACACGCCUCUGAACUGGGUUGUGGGGCCUUUCCGGGCACUGCCAGCUGCUACCAAAGAAGUCACGAUGGCGGAAAUGCCCAGACUGGCUGACCCAGAGAAGGCAAAGAAAGAGCCAAAGGAUGGAGGCGAGACCACCACAUCAGGUGCGGCUCUGAAGGAGACCCUGACACCGCCCAGGCCAGCGACGGCCGUGCCCAAACUCGCAAAGAUGCCCGAGGAAGCCAUGGAGGUGGAAGCAGAAAAAGUGAAAGAAGCAGGCCAGACUCAAGAGGUGGCAGCUACUUUUGACAUGCCAAAGAGAGCAAAGAAAGAAAUAAAAGUGGAUCACGCAGCCACUCACUCAUGCAGAAGAAUUCCUCUGCAACUCUCUCUCACCCGGGAAGCAGCCCGUUACUUCUCUGCAUGA